AUGAAGCUGCUGACUUUCCCGGGACAGGGCACGCCGAUCUCGGUGCCCGUGUUCAAAGCACUGCUCAGAAACAAGGCCAAGGAGUUCGACCGCAUCGUCGCGGACAACGGGCCCAAGACAAGAGAACUGAUAGACUUCGUCGUCCGCAACCAGGCGUCCCCCGGGUCCAUCGCCGUCUGCUCAAACCUGUUCUACCAACUGUACAGCAUACUGAACAGUAGGACCCGUGGUGGGGCUCUGAGGGAUCACAAAUCACCGUACCUGCUGUUGGGACACUCACUCGGGGAACUCACAUGUCUCAGUGUGAACGGGUUGUUCACGCUGAAGGAUCUGUUCGACAUCGCUAACUACAGGAACGAGCUGAUGGUGAAGUACACGGAGAAGUACCUUAUCGCGCACAAGAUGAACCACUCGACGAAAUUCGAGAUGUGGGCUCUGUCUUCCCCCAGGGCAACCAACUUGCCCCUCCAGAUCAACCACGUUACUACACUCCCUCAGUGCCACGGCGCGCACAGUCUCGAUACGCAAACGUCAACUCGGUCAAACAAUGUGUCGUCUCAGGGCGUCAUCGAGGACCUAGAGAAACUGCGAAUAGAGUGCCAGAGCAGGUUCCCAGCACUCCGUAUCACGGAACUCACUAACCCGAACAACGUAGCGUUCCACAACAGUACAGUGCUGCGACCCAUCCAGGAACCUCUCUACGAUUACAUAUGGGACGUCCUCAAACUUAACCACCAGAACACGACGACUCAACUACAGUACCCCAUAGUCAGCAACCUCGACGGACGUCUCUCGCACCUCGUGCACCACGCCAUCGAGAGGUUCGUCCGUUGUAGCUCCACCACGGUCCAGUUCACAUACUGCUACGAUACGAUAAACCAACUCUCCGGGCAGAUCGACGGUGGUGCCGUGUGCAUGGGACCAGGGAACGUCAUCUACAACCUCAUCAGACGCAAUUGCAACAUAGACGCUCACGAGUACUCCACCCUUGCAACGGUGGACCAGUACCAGAACACGAUCGCAGAGGGCGGCGCAUCGACCCAGGGCUAA